AUAAACUCUCCCAAACCCACCAACCUCUUCGUCACAUUUUUUUCAUUGCAAGCUUUUUCACAUUUCAAAUCUCUCUCUAAAAUUUUCACUCUCUCUCAAAAAUCAAUGGCACCCACAAAGGCAGAGAAGAAGCCAACGGAGAAGAAGCCAGUGGCGGCGGAGAAAGCUCCGGUGAAGGCUGAGAAGAAGAUCUCAAAGGAAGGCGGUAGCGAUUUGAAGAAGAAGAAGAAAGUUAAAAGCAUUGAGACUUACAAGAUCUACCUCUUCAAGGUUCUCAAACAGGCUCACCCCGAUAUUGGGAUUUCGAGCAAGGCUAUGGGAAUCAUGAACAGCUUCAUCAACGAUAUCUUUAAGAAGCUCACCCAAGAGUCAUCGUGA